CCUUUCGGGAGGUAUGAGGUAAUGUGGGGGCCGUGCGGAGAUUGCGGCGUGCAGCAUGUGGGAAAUGGGGAGAUCUGAAGUCCUUGGAAGGAUCUGGGUGCAGAAUUUCAGAAAUAGAAAGGAAUUGGAAGGCAUGGGUGAGAUUGGAGGGGCGAACAGAAUCUGAGGCUUUUAGGGGACCGGCAGGGUCUGAGAUCAAAGCAGGCAGGGUCUAGGAAGAUCCCAGUUGCUGGAGAAACGGAUUUCUGGAGUGAAAUCUAGGAGAGAUUGAGGGGAACUUGACCUUGGGGCAUGAACACUAAGCUGUUGGGUUCUGGGCUCUGGUAGUAGGAACCUUCUCGGGAAGAGCCAUGGCGGUGGCCGCUGCAGCUUCUCACCUGAACCUGGAUGCUCUCCGGGAAGUGCUUGAGUGCCCCAUCUGCAUGGAGUCCUUCACAGAGGAGCAGCUGCGGCCCAAGCUGCUGCACUGCGGCCACACCAUCUGCCGCCAGUGCCUGGAAAAGCUGCUGGCCAGCAGCAUCAAUGGAGUCCGCUGUCCCUUUUGCAGCAAGAUCACCCGUAUCACCAGCCUGACCCAGCUGACGGACAACCUGACGGUGCUGAAGAUCAUUGACACCGCGGGGCUCAGCGAAGCCGUGGGGCUGCUCAUGUGUCGGGCCUGUGGGCGGAGGCUGCCUCGGCAGUUCUGCAGGAGCUGCGGUCUGGUGUUGUGUGAACCCUGCCGGGAGGCAGAUCACCAACCCCCCGGCCACUCUACGCUCCCGGUCAAAGAGGCGGCCGAGGAAAGGCGCAGGGACUUCGGGGAGAAGUUGACUCGUCUGCGGGAGCUCAUGGGGGAGCUGCAGCGGAGGAAGGGGGCCCUGGAGGGGGUCUCCAGGGACCUGCAAGCAAGGUACAAGGCUGUGCUCCAGGAGUACGGGCACGAGGAGCGCAGGAUCCAGGAUGAGCUGGCUCGCUCUCGGAAGUUCUUCACGGGCUCCUUGGCAGAAGUUGAGAAGUCCAACAGUCAAGUGGUAGAGGAGCAGAGCUACCUCCUCAAUAUCGCAGAGGUGCAGGCUGUGUCUCGCUGCGACUACUUUCUGGCCAAGAUCAAGCAGGCUGAUGUUGCCCUACUGGAGGAGACAGCAGAUGAGGAGGAGCCAGAGCUCACUGCCAGCCUGCCCCUGGAGCUCACCCUGCAAGAUGUGGAGCUCCUUAAGGUGGGCCAUGUCGGUCCCCUUCAGAUCGGACAGGCUGUGAAGAAGCCACGGACAGUUAACAUGGACGAUUCCUGGGCUAUGGAGGACGUGGUAGCAUCCACUGCCUCCACCUCUGUCACCUUUAGAGAGAUGGACACGAGCCCUGAGGAAGGGGUGGCCAGCCCCCGGGCCUCACCUGCCAAACAGCGGAGCUCCGAGGCAGGCUCCAGUAUCCAGCAGUGCCUCUUUCUCAAGAAGAUGGGGGCUAAAGGCAGCACUCCGGGCAUGUUCAAUCUUCCAGUCAGUCUCUACGUGACCAGUCAGAGCGAGGUGCUGGUUGCUGACCGUGGCAACUACCGUAUACAAGUGUUCACCCGCAAAGGCUUUCUGAAGGAGAUCCGCCGAAGCCCCAGCGGCAUUGACAGCUUUGUGCUAAGCUUCCUGGGGGCCGAUCUGCCCAACCUCACUCCUCUCUCCGUGGCCAUGAACUGCCAUGGACUGAUUGGUGUGACUGACAGCUACGACAACUCCCUUAAGGUGUAUACCUUGGACGGCCACUGUGUGGCCUGUCACAGGAGCCAGUUGAGCAAACCGUGGGGCAUCACAGCCUUGCCAUCUGGCCAGUUUGUGGUAACUGACGUGGAAGGUGGGAAGCUCUGGUGUUUCACUGUUGACCGAGGAGCAGGAGUUGUCAAGUACAGCUGCCUUUGCAGUGCUGUACGCCCCAAAUUCGUCACCUGUGAUGCUGAAGGCACCGUCUACUUCACCCAGGGCUUGGGCCUCAACUUGGAAAACCGGCAGAACGAGCAUCACCUGGAGGGUGGAUUCUCCAUUGGCUCCGUGGGCCCUGACGGGCAGCUGGGGCGCCAGAUCAGCCACUUCUUCUCUGAGAACGAGGAUUUCCGCUGCAUCGCCGGCAUGUGCGUGGAUGCCCGAGGUGACCUGAUUGUGGCCGAUAGCAGUCGUAAGGAGAUCCUCCAUUUUCCAAAGGGUGGGGGCUACAGUGUCCUUAUUCGAGAGGGGCUUACCUGUCCAGUGGGCAUUGCCCUCACUCCUAAGGGGCAGCUGCUGGUCUUGGACUGUUGGGACCAUUGCAUCAAGAUAUACAGCUACCAUCUGAGAAGAUACUCCACCCCUUAGAAGAGGAGAAAUACCGGUUUCCUCUCCUCAGCCGACUUCCCUUCCCUUAGUCCUUGGUUGCUGAUGAUAAUAUAGAAUAGAUUGGGUGUGUGUCCUGAUUCCAGCUCGACUUUCCUAGAAUUUUAGAAGCUCUAGUUCCAGUGCUUUUAAUUUGUCCUUCCCCUCUCCUUCCUCACCCCGCCUCUCUCCCAUUCUAAAUAUAGAGCUGUAGCAGGUACAUUAUCCCAGAUAGGCUGUUAGCAGACGUUUGCAUAGAAAUUAGGCACUUCCAAGGCUUCAGUAGAGAGAGGCGUUGUAGCCCUUUGCCCUGGGGUUUGAAAUUUGCCCCUCUAUUCCUACCAAAUCGUUGUUGAUUUUUCUCCUCUGGACUCUGAUGUCCCUGGUCCAGUGUUUCCCUCUUAUUAUAACAUCUUUCAUCUGUGGUGCUUUCUCUUUAAGUCUGGCUGCAUUCUGUGUGCAUGCUCCAGUGGGACCUGCUCCACCCUUCAGUGACAUCGUAUCCCUGUAGCAUGGUGUCUCUUUCUGAUCACCUUCAUUUUUACCAGCGUGCGAGUGCAUCUUAAGUGCCACCAAGGGUGAUCCACAGGCCUGGUGGGAAGCAGGACCUCUUGACUGGGGGAUUUAUGCCGUUAUGGAUUGUCUUUUCAUCAGAGACGUAGCAGAGAAUGCGUUGACCCUACUUGGGUAGCAUUGAAAACUUCAGCUUGGAAGUUGCUCUGCCUUUUAAAGUCAGAAUUAGGCCACAGCCAAGGAAGAUGGAGACCAGCAAGCAAAUGGUGAUAUAACCAGCAAACUUUGGACAAUUUAUAGGGCUCAGAAAUUUUCAUACUCUUUCCACCCACCUGUGCUGUGUGCUGUCUGAGGAACUGUACAACACAGGCUGCAGUUAACAGAGUGGAACGGUGGACACAUUGUUUUCAUUACUAAGACAACAAACCAUUGAGUGGUGACUUCUGUAUUCUCUUCAAGUGAGUGCAUCCUGUUUGGCUUUAGGAUUUACUUAGGUUCUAUCAAGCAUUAAAAUGAUUGAUAACUUCA